GCAUCGGAAGCGCAGACGGCGGCCGGAGCAGCUCGCCUCGCCUCGCCUCCGCCAUGGGGAUCGGCUACGUCCUCGGCGCCAUCGGCGGCGCACUCCUCGUCCACGCCGCCUACGCCACCAUCCAAUAUCGCGCGGUACUCAAGAUCACGGAAGAGGAGUUCUCGUACCCACCCUUCGAUGUGAUUAUUCAGUUGCUUGUGGGUCUGGCCUUGUGCAUGUGGGCUGGUGUCUCUGUUCCAGCCAAGUUCCUUUCGGUGCUCCCACAUUCCGAGGAGAAUAGGAUUGUAUCGCUCCCAGCGAACCUGGAUUUCAUGAUCUUCAACCACCGUGGUAGGGCGCUACCUUCAGACGCAGACUUGAAGCUGAAGAUAUGAACGGACAUUCAUGGCUUCUGUUCCUUUCUUGUCCUGUAACAUUUUGCCCAGGAGUAGGAUGGCUCCAGUGUUUUAUGUGUCACCCAUGUUAAACAGGGAAAACUCUUCCCGUACCACAACUUAUCUACGCUGUAACUUUAGAAUCUGUGACACUGUUCUAGUGUUCUAUAUAUUGGUUAGCUUGAGUUUC